AUGCCGUCUUUGUGGACGGCGGUGGGGCGUCUUCGCCCGUUCAGCUGCUGCACCCUGUCGCGCUCCAGCAGCUGCUGGCGGAGCUGCCCAAAGCCGAGGCCCUGCAACGCCUGCAGGAGGCAAAGAAGAUUGCGCUGGCGUCCGACCACGACACCACCACUCCACUUAGCGCGCUGCCUGGCAACUCCAGGCGCGUGCUCUGCGUCAAGGACACCACGCAGCGCACGGUUUCCGAGCUGCACUCGCGACAGUCCCGGUUUCUGGCGAAGGCAGAGGGGCGGGCGAUGGCGCACGACCUCCGCCUCGUGGAGGCCUUCACGCAGCGGCUGCUGA